CACAGAAGAAGACUUUCCACUAUGGCUGCUCACAGGAUAGCAUGUUUAGGGUGGAAUGCCCUCUAUACUUCUGUCUGCGCUCCUAAGCAGGCCUUACGGAGCUGCUGGGGGGCCUUGGAGCAGGUGAGGGGAUACUAUGUUGAUUGGAGGAUGCUGAGAGACGUCAAGAGGAGACAGAUGGCCUUUGAUUAUGCAGAUGAGAGGCUACGGAUCAAUGCAAUAAGGAAGAACACCAUCCUACCGAAACAGCUUCAGGAGGUGGCUGAUAAGGAAAUUGCAGAAUUACCUCGAGACAGCUGCCCUGUGAGAAUACGCAACAGAUGUGUGAUGACAUCACGACCGCGAGGAGUAAAGCGGAGGUGGCGCCUGAGCCGAAUUGUCUUCCGUCAGUUAGCCGACCACAAUCAGAUGUCUGGGGUUCUACGGGCAAGAUGGUGACAUGACUUCAAUGGACUUUAUGAUCAGAUUGAAUAAAGGCAAAUACGAUGUUCCCACAUUUAGGACCAGAGGAACAGGACAGCAACUCAACACACCGGCUUGUCUUUGCCUUUCAAAAUCUGCAAAAGGCAAAAUCAUGCUUCAUAUUGGUUACAGCAUAUUCUGUUUUUUUUAAUAUGUUAAACUGGACAUUUCUCUGCAGCCUUGACUAAGUGUAUCUAUUCAUUGUCUCCUGUUGCUCUUCUAGAUGUUAAAAUUCAGAAAUGCAUUGUAUUUAAAGAGAAAAUUAUAUGAAGCAUCAAUGUAACUUACACAAAAAUGGAUAAAUAAAAUACUUGUACUUUA